AUGGCCGACACAUCUGGUAUAGAUGACCCUCUGGCGGAUAGAGGGCCCGAGCUGAAGGGCACCACGACGGCCCUGCUCGUUCUCGCGACCGUCUUUGUUGGAUUCCGCUUCUGGGCCCGUUGGACCGUUGGAUUCAAGUAUGGUCUCGACGAUUGGUUCAUGGUGGCCGGCUUGGUCGUUACCUUCGCGGCCGGAGCCAUCAACUAUGCGAUGAUUGGGUCGGGUCUCGGUCGUCAUGCCGCUGUUCUUUCAACGGACAUGCAGGUCGAGUUUCUGAAGUUGUUGCUGGCCUUUGAGUGCGUCUACGUCACGGCAGUCAUGUUCGUCAAGGUCUCGCUGCUGCUAAUGUACUGCCGCAUCUUCCCGUCUCGCAACUUCAAAAUUGCGGCCAUGACCCUUGGUGGCAUUACCAUCGCUUGGUGGAUCGCCAUCGUCUGUGUGUGCAUCUUCCAGUGCAACCCCAUCUCCAAGGCGUGGUUGCCCUUUAUCGAAGGCACCUGCAUCGACCUUAAGGCUUCGUUCAUCGGAAACGCAAUCCCCAACAUCUUGACGGACGUGGCCAUCCUCUGCCUGCCUGUCGGCCAGGUGUGGAAGCUGCAGGCUACGCUGACGCAGAGACUGUCGUUGUGCUUCAUGUUCCUGCUCGGUGGAUUUAUUUACCGGUUCACGACCAUCAUGCAGUUCCAGCUCGCGGACACUACCUGGACGCUCGCCACUGCAUGCACAUGGUGCGUUGUUGAAUGCGCCUGCGGCGUCAUUAGCGCGUGUCUGCCCACCCUCCGCCCGCUCAUGGUCAAGAUCUCGUCCCAGUUCGGCAGCAUUGCGACAAAGUACAACAUCUCGGGAGCGCAGAGCGGCGGCCACUCGAAGGAAGCCAGCCGCGGAACUACCGAGCUCAUGACGAUCGGAGGCGGCGGCAAGUCGGCUGACAGAGGAUUUAAGCGCCUGGGAGCUGAGGACAGAAAGUACGGCAUCACGACCAACAUAUCCACCCGCCCCGGCGUGGCUACUACCAAAGCCCCUUCCGGAUCGGACUCGGGUUCCGACUUCUCAGUCAAGGACGGUAUUCGGAUCAAGGUCGAUCAGGAGGUCUGCUGGGGCGAGAAUAUUUCUCAGCAGAACCUGGCCUAUGACUCAGAGUCUGCUUCACGGGGCGGUUCCUCGCACAUGGGCUCCAAUCGCGUCUGA